CGCGCAGCGUUCAAUCGCAGAAAGACGACUUGCGCAUUGCUUUUGAACGGCGCAAGUAUGCGUUUUCACAUGUCGCAAAUUUCAGGUUGAUUGCGCCAGACAUUCUGGACGCAGCGAAGCUAUCCCGUUGACUUUUCUCAGCAAUCGUUACGAGCUUCUUGAGAUGUUGUCGCAACCUCUUGUUAUCAAUCUGUUGAUCAGCGCCGCCAUCUCCACCACGCCGAUAAGAUCGGUUUCCGACGACCGAUCGCGGAAAGUGGGCGUCGCACCGGGGUCGGUCUGACCUGACGGACGCGCGGCUCUAAACACCACCAUCAGUAAAAUGCGCUCUUACUGACGGGGACAUCUUGACCUCGAGUUCCCGCGGACGAGAGAAGUCCUGCUAACGAAAACUGGCUUUUCACAGGAUUGAACAAAAUGGUUCCGAAACCUUCGCUUGGUUUUCUGGCUGCUUUGUCCCUGGUUCUCAGGGUCGUGAGCGGCGAAAGCGACGAUAUCGAGCGUACUCAACCGGACCAGGCGUCGGCCAGAGAGCGGGCGCAUAUGGUCUUCAACGCCAUACAUUCUGCAGGUCGACAAUGGGGCUCAUCUCUGUAUCACAACGGCUUCGGCUUUUUCCCAGCCAUUGUUCCCCAGGGCACCCUUUUCUAUCAUGGUGCUCGGCAGAAUGUCACACCGACAGGGCCUGAGUGGCUGGCCUUCGAGAUUGAGCACGCCGAGAACUUUGCGCCCUCGUUCAGAGCUAGGCCUGGCGACGGGCGUCCCCGGCCUCCUCCGCCAGGUAAACAACCUCAUGGGUGGAAACCUCAGCCGGAGCCUGAAGAGCCUCGCCAAGAGCUGCGACGCCGUAGGGAGCAUGAUCUGAACGGUGAUGACAUCGAAAGACAUGGCCCUGGCGAUGGAGACGAUGACGAUCAACCCAAAAACUACCGCGGAUACCUCCAUACGUAUCAGGCGAAACGCGAUCUGAAGCUGCUUCUAAUCGACGGCAUGAGCGCUGGCAAGACCGCGAUGGGAACUAUGGACUCUCAGGAUCUUGUACUUCGCGAGAAUAACACCAAGCACAACGACGGCGUGUGGGACGAAUGGGCACGAGCAGUCGAUCUGUGCGAUAUAGCCACUGAAUGGGGUUAUGAUGGCUUGAUGCGGGUGGAAAUAGGAUUCGAGGUUAUUCAGUGCAACUUUACCACCGGCCUGAACCUCGUCAGCAUGACCCGAACAGAGAUGAUGGAAAACACCAUCGGGAUGCGUCAACUGUCGGCUUUCCAAUGGGCAAGAGCUGCUGGGGAGCGAUAUAAUGACCUUGGAGGUGAUCGACUGCGGAUCGACUUCUCGUCAAUGGUAUCAGGACUCUUCUUUCCCAUCAACAUUUCCAGCACCGAUGCCAAGCGACCAGAUCUCAUGCGACUCGGAGCGGCAGACUUGGACGAUUUGAAAGACCUCAAGGCAUACUUGAAAGACGUCGCCACUUCGCCCCGAAGGUUCACGGUCAACUGGCAAGCGUUGGCCGACCUCAUCGUGAGUCGAUACAGCAAAAGGCUAGCCACGAUGUUAUACGAAUCACUACCUUCGAAACACUUCGUCAACGAGAUCGAGGCUGCUACACUGACUUGGUUCGACGCACUGCCGUUGCCUGACGAUGUGAGCGUAGCAGAGCUCGAAAGGAACCGGACCGCGGAUGCCAUCGAGCGUUGCAGGAAGCAUUAUCUCAGACCAGCAUUGGUCACUGCAGAGCGAUGGAGUCUCGAAGAUGACUUGAUCCACACGUCCAUCGAUACCGUUAUGGGACAUGUUUGUCACAGUCUCUUUUCGGUUCGGAGCCUGUUGCAAGAGGCGUCCGGUUCGACUUCGAACGAUUACAAGAUGAAUAGGGAGGCCGAGAGCGAGGACAAGUUGGAGUAUGCAGUCAAGACUGGCCGAGCCAUGUUGCAGCAACUGGUCGACACUCUGGGGUGGACAACCUUCACACAGUUACAGCCAUGUCCACCAGACGAGGUCCUCUUCAUCGCCAUGUGGCCGUUUGGAGGGGAGGAUGACCACUGGAACCCUGGGUGCCGAACAAUUGAUCAAGUCCAGCAUCCCACCUCCUCAUAUUGGAGAGGAUGGGGUCGUCCGCCAAAGCCCAAGCCGAGCGAGGAGGCUUGACUGAGAUCGGCGUGAUAACAAGGAUGGAGAGGAUUUACACGGUAUACGUGGUUGUUGUGGUUUGCGAUCUGGGCAGCGACGAAGAGCGAAUGACGAGCGAAUUCUUAUAGUGCCUGAAUAUACGAGAGAUCAACGGUUUCAUCUU